AUGUUCCCCAGCUAUUUAUCCGAUGCUUAUCCCCAAAAUGGAUUAGGCUUGCUUGGAGUCGGCGAUGUUCUGAGCCACUCUCACCCAUGCAGAUCUACAGUGAUAUCACGUGCAUAUAAUAGGAAUUCCAUAGUUAGCUCACAGGCCAUUCUAAGAGUAUUAACAAAAAAGAAAUACACCAAUGAAUCUGUUGAGGAUGGUGGGUUGGAGGAUCUUCACAUUUUUUUUACGAGGUCGCAUGCAUCUGUUGGGGAUGAGCUUGUUUUAUGCAACAUCUUCGACAAAAAGUCGACCAGAGAAAAGAAACAGAGGUUAGGUCGUCUUCAUAUUCAAAUUGCAAUUCUUUCGAGGAAGCAAAAAGCAAAGAGAAUGGCUGAAUUCUUGUGGAUUUUUGCUGUACAAGAAGUUCUAAAGAAGACAGUGAAAGUAGCAGCAGAGGAGAUUAGUAUGGCAUGGGGCUUCAAGAAGGAGCUCUCCAAAUUGAGAAAGUGCUUACUCAAAUCUGAAGCCAUUCUAAGAGAUAUUAACAAAAAGAAAUUACACCAUGAAUCUGUGAGGAUGUGGGUGGAGGAUCUUCAACAUUUUGUUUACGAGGUCGAUGAUCUGUUGGAUGAGCUUGUUUAUGAACAUCUUCGACAAAAAGUCGACACAGAGAAAAGAAACAAGAAGGUGCGCAAUUUCUUUUCAUCCUCCAAUAAUCCUUUUCCGUUUCGUAGGAAGAUGGCUAAAAGAAUGAAGGACAUUACUGAAACUUUGUAUAAACAUUACUGUGAGGCAAGCCCUUUAGGAUUGGUUGCUCUGCUUGGGGAGGAAUCCAUAGAAACACAUAAGAAUAUUAAUCUUAAGCAGAUUCGAGAGACAACAUCGAAUCUUAAUUUUGAAGAAGUUAUAAUAGGAAGAGAAGUUGAAGUUUCAAACAUAGUGAAGAUGGUGAUUGAAUCUAGCAAUGAACAUCCAAUGUCCAUCAUACCCAUUGUGGGUAUGGGUGGAUUGGGGGAAACAACUUUGGCAAAGAUGGUCUUCAAUCAUGAGUUGGUUAAAGAUCAUUUUGAUGAAACUAUAUGGGUUUGUGUGUCUGAACCAUUUAUCAUUCUAAAUAUUUUGGAAGGGAUGUUUCAAAGUCUCACAAAAACUUCUAGUGGCUUGAACAAGGAGAAUUUACUUCGAAAGCUCCAAGAGGAGAUGCAAGGUAAAAGUUAUUUGCUUGUUCUUGACUAUGUUUGGAAUGAAGAAGCUAGAUUGUGGGGUGAGUUAAGGGAAUGCUUAAAAAAUAUUGCUGGAAAAUUUGGGAAUAGUAUUAUUGUGACCACGAGGAGUGCAGAAGUUGCAACUGUCAUGGAAACAACUUCGAGUCAUCACCUAACAAAACUGUCUGAUGAUCAAUGUUGGUCAUUGUUUAAAGAGAGUGCAAGUGCAAAUGGACUAUCAAUGAGUCCAAAGUUAGAGAUUAUUCAAAAAUUGGUUAUUAGAAGAAUUGGUGGUGUACCACUAGUAGCAAAGGUACUUGGAGGGGCAACAAAGUUUGAAGGAAACUAUGAGAGAUGGUUGACUCAAGUUGAAAGUGUAGUAACAAAUAUAUCCAAUGAUGACAAAGACUUUGUUUUUUCCACUCUAAAACUUAGUGUGGAUUGUCUACCACUUUUUUCAUUAAAGCAAUGUUUUGCAUAUUGCUCAAAUUUUCCAAAAGAUUAUGAAUUUGCUAAAGAAACUCUUAUUCAAAUGUGGAUAGCACAAGGGUUCAUUCAAGCACAAAAAGGAAACAACACAAUGUUGGAGGAGAAUAUAGGAGAAGAUUAUAUCAACUUCUUAUUAUCUCGCUCCUUAUUUCAAGAUGUCUCUAAAGAUAUUGAUGGGACAGUUACCCACUUUAAGAUGCAUGAUCUAAUACACGAUAUUGCUUGUGUUAUUUCAAGUCAUCAAAAUUUCGAAUUUAAACAUAGCAAUUGGAGUGAAAAAAGCACAAGAAAGUUACGCACAACUGUUAUCAAUAACAAGAUGAUUCAUGAUAAAUUGGUAGACCUUGGUUCUUUACGUGUUUUAGUUAUGAAUUCACCAUUUCUUCGAAUCUUACCGGAUUCAAUUGGUAUGCUAAAACAUUUGAGGUAUCUUGACAUUAUAGGUUCUUCGAUAUUGAAGCUUCCAGAAUCUAUUACUAUGCUUUAUAAUUUGCAAACACUUAAACUUGGCACAAGAGUGGAUCUUCCAAAGAACUUGAGAAAAUUGGUCAUGUUAAGGCAUUUGCAAUUCUUCUACAUUUACAUCAAGCAAAUGCCUUUAUGUAUAAGCCAAUUGAUUCAUCUUCAAACAUUACCUGCAUUUGUAGUAGGUUCUGAGAAGGGAUGUAAAAUUGAAGAACUUGGACCUUUAAAUAACCUCAAAGGAUCAUUACAACUUUCAAGUCUCAAUCGAGUAAAAAGCAAAAAGGAAGCUAUAGCUGCAAAGUUGAUGGGAAAGAAGAAUUUAUGUGAACUAACCUUUGAAUGGGAUGUUUACUCUGAAGAAGAAAAGCAUAACAACUGUAAUAAUGACUUUGAAGUAUUGGAAGGACUUCAACCACACAAGAAUCUUCGAUCGUUGUCUGUUGUUCACUAUGGGGGACAAGUUUUGCCUAAUGGUAUCUUUGUUGAAAAUUUGGUUAUAAUAUUUCUACAAGAAUGUAACAGAUGUGAAAUGCUUCCAAUGCUAGGACAACUACCUAACUUAGAGGAGCUUCACAUUUCCUCCAUGGGUAGUGUGAGAAGUAUAGGCAGUGAGUUCUAUGGAAACACUCAUUACUCCAACCAAAGGGUUUCUUUUCCCAAGUUGAAGGAACUUUCCUUUCGUCUCAUGCAAAACUUAGAGCAAUGGGAAGACGUAACAGAUGGUAUUGCUUUUCCAUAUCUUCAAAGCUUAUCUAUUGUCAUUUGUUCCAAACUAUUGGAUGUUCCACAUCACUUUGUAUCUCUUCGAACUUUAAGAAUUGUGGGAUGUGAAGAAUUGGCGAAGCUACCAAAUGGGCUAAACUGUCCUAAUUCCAUUGAGUCCUUGAAGAUUUCUGAAUGUCCAAAUUUGGCCUUAAAUUUACAUAAUAUGCAUAAUUUGAAAGAAAUGGAAAUUGUUGGAUGUAUGCAAGACUACGACUUUAGUCCUCUCCUGCACCAAUCUUCAAUACUUACACAUCUUUCCUUGAUUGAUAGUUUGAGAAAUGCAACUGAGCUUCCUCGACAACUUAAGUAUCUCACAGCUCUGAAAGCUUUAACUAUUAAAAAUUUUAAUAGUUUGGAAGCUUUACCUGAUUGGUUGGGAAACCUUACAUCUUUAGAAACAUUGGGACUUUUUGAUUGCAAGAAUUUGAAAUGCUUCCCUUCAAAAGAAGUCAUGCUAUGCCUCAAGAAAUUGAAUCAUCUCCAUGUUCGUGGAUGUCCAAUGCUACUACUUGGCCAAGAUGAUCCAGAGAAGGCCAAACUUUCCCAUCUUCCCAACAAUUGUGUUGAUGUAAGGUUUCAGUCUUUAUUCUUAAUAUAUUCUAAGUUUCUAUUUUUAAAGGCCCGUUUGGUAAUUAUUUCGUUUUUGUUUUUUGUUUUUUUAAAAUUAAGCUUAUUUUCUCCCCAUUGCUUAUAAUGAUUUACAUCAUUCUUAAGUACAAUAAUUG